AUGGAUCGUCUUUCGGCUUCGGUCCGUGCCAGCUUGGAGUCAUUCCGCUUGGGCAGACACGAAGCUUGGGAGAGCCUCGCCGAGACCAUCCAGCCAACUCCUUCCAACGGAUACGCGUCGCUGCAUUCCGUCACGUACGAAUACUUCUCGGCGCCAGAGCAGACCUCAGCCAGGCAAACUAUACUCGGAUUACUCGGUCGCCUGUACCACGACCACUGCGAGAACCUUCCGCAGAAGCAAAAGUCCGGCCUGACGCAAGCGAGCAGAAAUUGGAAUGUCACCAUUUGGCAUUUCUUCCUAGCCCUCGGCCCUGACAUUUUGCGAUCCCGCGAAUCCUGCCUGGCCAUUGUGCGCAUGUCCAAGCGCAAAAAUCUCGACUUCCACACGUGCAUUGCCCAGAUUCACGCCCAACGCAAAGAACGCUUGAAGAAGAUUGCUAGAUCGACGUCCCUCGACACCGCCGGCAAGGUCAAGCCUGCAGACAUCAUAGCCGCCGAAAGCUCUGACGGCGAGGAAGGAAAGACACCAAACGCUUCCGACACAGACAUGGCGUCUUCCCCGAUCUUGGAAAGCAUAUUGAAAGCGACGGCGACAGAAGGCUGGAGGCUACUGAACCGCAAGAACAAUGUCAAAGAUGCAGGAUUUCGCGCCAAGGAGGCCGGUGCGCUCAAAGAAUUCGACCCCGCCAACCCGAAAGGAUUCGAGGAUGCCACGGAGGAUGAGGAUCUCGAAGGUGAUACUCUCAUAGAUAUGAGCUCCGAAAAGGGCCGCAGAUCUUCGCGUGGCAGCAACUUGGUUAUUCAGAGCACCCCAGAGCCCGAAGAACUAGCGACGAGAGUCGAGUCCAUCAAAGACACGAGAGCUACCAGCUCGCGACCUACGAGAAAACGGCCCACGCCCAUUUUCGACGUCUCUGUCGACGCCUCUGGGCCCCCUUCCGUGAAGAGAGCUCGAUCAAACGAUGAAGAUGGGGUGACUUUGAUCAACUCGACGACAGUCCCGUUAGAGCAGCUCGUUCUUGGCGCGCGGUCUCUCGAAGGUGAUAGCUGGGCUAACGACACUGCUGUGAGCAACACGAUCGGCAAGCUCAGAGCAAAAGACUGCUACGUCUUGGACAGUCUGUUUCUUGCAGGCACGAGGUUUCUCCGACGCACACCCACAGAACGAUACUUUGUGGCACCCGUCAACAUUCGCAAUAUGCACUGGGCUCUCUACUUCUGGGAUACGGAGUUGGAAACCAUUGAAUACUAUGACUCGAUGAAGCACAGCAAUUUGCAUUGCAAAGACCGUCUUCUUUCCAUCAUCAACAGUGCGUUCAAGCCUGCCAGGAUGCCUGAAAUUCAGGUCUGCAAGGCAUUCCAGCAGAAGAAUCGCAACGACUGCGGCCCACUCGCAAUUUUGAACGCUUUUCAGAAGCGUUUAGGUGUUGAAGAAUUCGUCAAAGGCGACGAUUUCGACUCCAAGAGUGCGAGAACAUACUUUCAGCGUCUGCUUCUGACUUCUCUUGACGCCGCGCCCCUAGGUUUUGCUGAGAAGGCCGGUGUUCUGACUUCGCAAGAGACAUCGAGGGGUAUUUUCGACGAAAUGAAAGCGGUAAAGCUCCAAGGGCGUCUCCGAAGAGUUGUCCAAAAGGAUUUUCUCCUCCAGGCUAACCUCACUUGGAGAGCUUCGAAUCUGGUCAAAGUCCACGAAGCACACCGUACUAUCGUCCACCAGGCGUACGAGCAGUCUCUCCAGGCGAGAGAUGUACGCGACCACGAGCUGAGAAGGCUGCAAAGCCUCAAAUAUUAUGUUUCCAGUCUGCCCACCGACAUCUUGGAACAAACUUCCUCUGCCACUGUGUUUGGGCCAUGUCUUGAUAUGAUGGAGAAGAUGGCGAGAGAGAACCUUGGCCGUAUGCUACCCGCCGCUGAGAAGAUGGCGAUCCAGAGCGGGCCACUGUCAUGGGCGCAGGACCGGCCAAUCACGAGGUCAAUCUUGAUGCUUCGGCACCUGGGCCGACAGUACUCAAAGGCGGAAAAGGCUUUGUGCGAUUUUCGUGGGGCGCUGGAGGGCCUGACCUAA